CGAAAUCAUCCUUUGUACUCUCAUUAUCUUAUCUUUGUCUGAAGCUGGCAAUCUUGAACAAUUCACAAUAUUUCAAAGCCGUUUAAUUAAUGACAAAUACAGAACACGAAGCAUCGUUACUCAUGAAAAAGGCACCUGAAACAACACAAAAAAAUUCUAUGGUGAAUCAAUCUGUAUUGAGAGCAAAUGAAUCGAUGAGCAUCAAAGACCGUGCAGGCUUUGAAUUGUUAAAAUUUGUAGAAUCGCAUGAGGAAUGGUCAAAUAAAAUCAGUCAAAUUAGAGAACGUACAAUGUCUACUAUGACAAAUGGAGAUCCAGAUUACGUACUUCAAGCCCAGGUGGAGACAGAAACCACUGAAACAAUUGAAAUUGCUAGUAAAAGCUUGAAAGAAAAGGCACACAUCACAUUCGACCACAUCAACAACUGCUUAAGAGAACAUGGGAUGACACCGGCAGAAGCCACUCGAUUUGUGGAUAACUUACAACAAAAUCUUGAAAACUCUAUUUCAGCUUUUUCCGCAAACUCUAUGAGCCUGAUUCGCAAAAGAGUAGAAUCUAUCUCAAAAAAGAAGAGCGACAAUAGCAAAUUUGUUGCUUUGAAGCUAAGCAUUUUGGAUAUGGAAAAAUCAUUGGAUUUUUCAAGGGAGGAAUGUAUAAUAUCAAUGGAAAAGGCAAACUCAAAAGCUUUAUCGUUAUUGGAGCCCAAUUCAAUUCGACUACACAAUUUGGAAGAAUCUGUUAUAAAGCAUAUUACCGAGGCAACAAAAGAAGCCAUUAUUAAAGAAAUAGAUACAUUAUCGGGGGAACGCGAAGAGACGGAUAAACAAAUCAAAGAGAAUAGUAAGAACAGUGCAGCAAUGGAUAUACUAGAUCACCACAUGGAACGAUCAAGGGUAAUCAAAGAGUUACGUUCCAGCAUUGAAUCGAAAAACAUAUUCCAAAGUCCAAGUGAAGUAAAGAAGUGGGAGAUAGAGAUCGGAAAAGUGAGAUCAGGGAUAGAGGAACAACAAAACAAUCAAAGAGAAAUGGAGAAUACAAUUGAAGAGUUUCAAUCGAAAAAUACAAUUCAACAUGGCUCACAACCUAGAAAUUUAAAAAAGUUGGAGGAGGACCUCCAGGUACUCACAAAAGCUCUUCAUUUGGCCGAAUUGGAAGUUUUACGAGUAGAUGUCAAGGUUGAAAAUGAUUCUGAUGUAUCAGACAGCGGCUUCAAUAUUCCACAGAAACGAUCAAGGACAAUAUCUUCCAAAGAUAAUCACACUGUCAAAGAAAGAUUGGAUCAUGUUGAAGACAAACAAAAGGAUCUGUUGUCUUUUCUCAGUGAUCAUUCUAAGACUUCUCUGGAUACGGCAUUUCCACACAAUCUGGAGAGUACAUUUAAACAGUUCAAUGAAAAAUUGAGUAACCAUGAAACGAUCCUUGGCUAUUUGCUAAACCCUGUGGAAGCAAAUCACCGCUCACCUAAACAAACAUUACAAGAGGCUUCUAUAGUUCUUAAUUCCAAUACAACUGGGGAUAAAGCUACUCAACCAGUUUCAUCAGCAAUGCUAAAAGUCUUGAGAAGAAUUGUUGAUAAAACGGUAGAAAAUGCUAAUGAUCAAAUGUGGUCGAAAAAAGAACGAGGAACAAGGAAAACGAAGAAAAACGGAAAAAAGUUAGCAGCACAACACAAUAUCGAUAUCCAGCAUCCAGCAUCCAGCAUUCAGUCUUAA